CCACAGUGUGCUAUUUAACAACUAGAGGAGCAAGAGGUUGAUCAAACAAGGCUUUUUUAAAUUGAUCUUUUUACCUUGGACUCUUUUUCAGUUACAAUCUACUACAAUCUGAUUGUGCUGUCGUGUAUCAUAUGUUGGUUGCUGCCCAGCAAUAAUGUCAAGGACUUUAAGACUUAAUUCGAGACUUCUGUUCCUGUGUCUGGUAUUAGCUACUGUGGAAGUCAGUAGUUCAUGUUUAUCAAGGGACAGGCGAGCAGUACACGAACAGAGAAGUUCUCUCGUAACACAGGGCCCAAGAAAAUGGAGGACUUUCAACAACCCUUACACAUUUAGCCAGAGCCAUAGUCUUGGCCCAAGCCAACCGGUCCCCAGUAGUGUCCAACCUGACCAGGCUCAGAUUGUCUUCAGCCUGAGACCGGGAGUCCAGACUGGGAGAGAAGGUUCCCCUGAUGGUGAGGAGUCUCCGCCUUCCAACAGUCAAACUAACAGAUUUUCAAGCAGCUCUGUGCCCAGUAAGACUGUCCAUUUUCGUACCUACCCUUCUAGUGGCCUAGUUAGCCCACUUGUCCCCAGAACCUGGGGUGCCUCUGGUACUUUUCAUUCAGUCUCAAACCCUAUGACCCAAAGAAGCCAUGUUACCACCAGUAGUUUGCAACCUGCCAGGGACACAUUUGGCUCCCCUGUUGUUGACGACAACCCCAUCCCCGCCCAACAGGCUGAAAACCCUUUGAGCAAGAAUGAGAGAUCCAAAUACAGGACGUUUCUGUCUUCCUACCUCUUCAGGGAAUCCCAAUCCACUUCCAGCACCUCUGAAACCACUCACAAGGGCCCUAGUGAAGGAAUGAAGACCAUUAGCAGACUUGGUGCUGCCUCUGCUACCCAAAGUGAAGGAAACUCCAGUGUUCAUGAGUCUGGAAGAUCCACACAUGUCCAAAGGGGUUAUGGCUACAUAGGCUCUCAGUUGUACCCUACAGCCAUUAAGUCUGCCAAUGGACAACAAGUGCACCCACCAACUCUGAGCCAAUCCGGUUCUUCUAAAUUAGAUGCUACCAGUGAAGCCCAACCCAGAAUUCGACCUCUUAUUAGAUUUGGCUCUUUCUGGAACACAAUGGCCCCCACUGCAACUCAACCCACCCAAAGUCCCUCUGAGCCUGCAGAGAGAGAAACUGCCCCUGACCAGUCUUUGAAAACCAGGAGUGGUUAUGUCCUUUGGAAGAAACCUGGGCUAAGCAGCUCAUCCAGUGGUCAGUACGGGUUAGCCACCGGUGGUUACAAACCUGGAAAAUCCACAAAUGUCAAUACACUCGGAGGGUUCCAAUAUCAAGAUCCCGAAAAAAACAUUGGCUCCCAUCGUGAGUGACGAUGACAUACCCUCUGUUGCUAUCAGAACUUCAGUCAACACAAACACUGCAAAGAGUCAGGGUACUGGCUGGAGAAAUAGUCAUGGUAUACCUAGGGGCAUGAUAAUGAGUUCUGUCAGUGGGUAUCCAAAUGUAUACAGAAAGUAUAGCUUUGCCCCUAGAAUUCAGGUAGCUUCCACUACAACUUCCUCUGCCCAAAGCGAUACUCUAGCCCCAAUGACAUUCAAAUCAGGUCCACGAGAAGUCCAACUUGCGUCCAUAGAAGACGACCUAGUCUCUAACAGCCUGCAUGCCUCCAGCAAUGUCCAGUCUUCAGAAGUGCAGACUACUACCACUGACAUGUCUGGCUCUACCACGAGAUCCGGUAGGCCUUGGUUUCUUAGAUCUACACCUAGCGAGGAUAACGAGGCUAAAAUCGGCCAUGUUUUCAAGGGAUCCCAAACAAUCCUACUACAAUCUCCCCAGAGUGAGAGUCUAAAACAUGUUCAGCCAACUUUUAGUCUGCCCGGCAACAAUGUUUUCCAUGACCGUUUGACUGCAGGAGAGGAUAAACCUGGUCCAACAAGCUCGGCCCCUUUCAAGCCUGAAGCUAGAUUCAACAUGUUUGGGUCUGUAAUUUACAGACUGCCCAAAGGUUCCAGAUCCAAACAGAAUGAAUGUGUUCUGGGCAUAAAGCUCCCAGGUGAAACUAGGCCCUCGGGCAGCAAUGUAUCUGCCCCUGCUGAAAUCCAGCCCACCUCCAUUACUUUGACAACAGCCAGUCAGAGCCAAAAUGUCCUCAGUAAAGAAACUUCUCAAAGCAGUGACUCAUUUCACAAAACUGUGAAUCAUUCUAGUUAUGAAGACCCCAAGUCUCACCCACGUGACUCGGACAGAAAUGAAAUGACAAGCAAUCCCUUUAGAUUCAUAUCUGGUAAACUCUCAAAAAGCCAGAAGAGCUAUGCUUUCAUGGGCUUCCAAAAACCUAUAAGCAAAGCAGGAUCAACCCAGGACAAGGAUGCUGAUCUCUUUGCACAAACAGUGCCUCCCAUCAACAAAGCGCAUCCACCCCCAGUUGUGCCCACCUCUGCCCCCAGUGUCCACCCAAGCCCUCCCAGAAUCCAAGUUCAACCAGGCCUAAGCAUCACUGAACUCACAGAGAGUCGCAAACCCACCAGCAGCGUUGUAAAGGGCAGACGUAUGAAGGUGAAUCGCGUGCAGAGCCAACAUAGUAUUUCACCUUCGAACGACAGCGCCUCCCAACCAGCUAAGCCCCAAACUAUGAGGUUCAAGGCUAUCCAAUUUGCUGAUAUCCUAGGAAGUGCCUCUUUCAGUGGAAUCCAACCCAGGGGAAGCUCCAGACACCGUGUGCAGUCAACAUCCAAUACCCCAGCAUCAGGUGAAGAUGGUGGCGCACUGGACAAAGACCAACCAACACCGAGGGUUGGGGUCACCCCAAGGUGAAGGAGGGGACCCCAAGGCCUUACCAUUCCCCAGUGCUGCUGCUCCGAGUGGGGAGGGGGAUGGGGGCAGUGUCAUAGGGGCUGUUCAAAGUGGUAGGGGACUUUUAGUAGUUUGGGAGCCAUGAGGAAAGAACUUUAACUAGUUGAGGGUGUCUGCAGGUGAUCUUUCCUUGACGUCAGUCCGGUUUGAAUUCAUGAAUAACGUGACCUGACCCCAUAGCCCUGCUCAAGUAUUUAUUCAGAACAUGGUUGUGCUUGUAAAUGUGAUAAUUUAUAAUAAAUAUUCAUACUUAAAAAAA